AUGCUAUACGACUACGCUAGACACCCUCCACAUUGCGGAGAGAUAACACGCAUUACCAGCAGGAAGAGGAGUAGUUACUGGGAAGCGGUAACGGAAGGAAACGCGGGCCAGCCGGCGCGUGACGUCAUCAGCGGCGGCGCGGCGGAGCGGCCUCCAGCGGCCGCCAGUCGCCGGCCGGUCGCGCGUCGUGAAGGCAGCAGGCGGCAGCAGCAGCAGCAGCAGCAGCACACGACCCACCGCGUCCCAACGGUCGCAGCGCCGCCUCCUCGCUCUCGAAUGCCUCCGGAAGGAGCCGCCGCCGGUAGCAUGGCCGCUAAAGUGGACCCGUCGGACCCGCACGUGCGUAAGCUGGUGUACAACAUGUACCGCGGCAUGCUGGGCACCUACAACGACAAGGCGAACGCUCUGCUCAGCACCAUGCCGCAGGAGCGCGUCCGCGAGGACCAGGGCAUCGCAGACAAGCUCGAGAGCAUGAUACGACAGUCGAGCCAGAUUUCCGGAGGAGGCUCACCCAGCCCAGGACCAGGGACACCUGCGGGUGAUGGAGUGAGCGCAGCGCCAGCGCCACCGCCCUUCCCCGCCCCCGCACCUCCAGCGCCGCCCCCACCGCCGCCUCCAGGUGCUGGAGCCUUGCCUGCCGUUCGUAUUGCCACUGAG